AUGGCUACCCAACACCAAGAGGCAAAUAUUACUAAAGGUGGAACAUAUAGAAGAUUAUUAGGCAGAACUAGAUCUACAGUUUCAAUUUUUAAUGCUUUUGAUAAUCCAGACCAAAAGACAUUAAAAACUGCACAACAAAAACAAUAUACCAUACCCUCACAAAAACCAGAAGAUUAUUUAAAAAAAAUUAAAAGUAGAGAAACAACAGGUGAACCAGUAUUUUUAGGUAAUGAUGGUGUUUUUUAUGAUAUAAAUUAUGUUCCAGUAUUUUCACAUAAAAUACCAGAAAAAGGAAGUCUUGAUAGCAAUAAUAAGAUAGGUGGUUCAACAGCAGCAGAUGGUAGUACUUUAGAAGAAACUAAUGGUAUCAAUGGUGAAGAGGAAGAAGAGGAAGAAACUUUACAAGAACAAUUAGUACAUCUUAAUAAUUCGAUUCCACAAAUUGAUGAAUUUGAAAACUUUUUCGAUUAUGAACAAGCAUUUUUAGAUUGGAAGUAUGCAGUUGAUCAAAUUUUUGAACAUAUUCGUUUACCAGUUACCACUGGUCGUACAUAUUAUCGUCCAAAACUAUCAGAUUUUCAAAAAAUAUAUAGAGGUACUUCAACAUUUGGUGAUUAUAGACCAUCAGUUUCAAGUUUUUCAAAUGAAGGUGAUGAUGAAUCAAAGAGUGAUCCAUUAAAUAGUGAAAUUGACGAUGAAUCACAAUUAACAGAUACAUAUAAUGAAUUUAAUUUAAUAAAUAAAGAAACAUUAGAGAAUUCCAACGAACCAUGGGACAGUUUAUUAAUUCCACAAGAACCACAACCAAUCGAUUAUAAUACAUUUGAAGAGUAUGAUGAAGCAUUAAUGAGAUGGGCAUCAGUUUGUUCACAGUUACCAAUUUUCUCACCUCAUUCAUCACAAUUACGUGAUUUAAUUCCCAUCCAAUCAAUUGCAGAAUCACAAAUGAAUAAUAUUAGUGAUAUUGUUGUAGAUAAUCAAAAAGGUAAACAAGGUAAUGAUCAAUCAGGACAAAACCAAAAUCAAAUUUGUAUAAAGAGUGGUAUCAAUGAAUUACACUUUAUGGAUAUGUCAUACCCACAAUGUAAUAUUACAAGAGAACAAGAGCUCCGUUUAAAGCAAGAAAAAGAACAAGAAGAAAAAGAACGUAUUAGAAAACAACAACGUGAGUUAAGUGAUUUAAUUGCUCGUAAUAGCCGUGUUCUUUCCACUGCCAGUAAGCCUGCAUUAAUACAAUGUGACGAUGCAACUAAACAACUCAUUCAAAAUCAAGUUAUCUUUGCCUUACUUCAAAAAAGAGAAAAAGCAUGGAGAGACAGCAAUGAAAAGACCUAUGUACAACCAUUUAUUGCAAAGCUUCAUGGUACUUUCCAAUCACCAUUAUCAACAUCCCAGCAACAAUCAAUAUUUAAUUUAAAGAAUGAGGGUCUCAGAAGAACUGACCUCUCAGCAAAACUAAUUCAAGAAAACUGCGAUUGUCCAACAAACAAAGUCGGUGGUCAAACUGUCGAAUUUAAUGUACCAUAUUACGAUGUCUAUUUUGAAUAUUCAAAGCUAAGCGAUCCAAGCUAUCAACAAUCCCUUUCUACCAAUUUAAAAGUUUUCCAUUAUGGAGGCCGUCAUAAUCAUUUAUUCAGUUGGUAUCAUCCAUUAGUUCCACCAGAAGAGCAUCAAAAGCACAAAGAAGAGAUUGAUUUCAUUAUCAUGUCUCAACAAAGAAUCACCAAAGACAAAUUGAAUAUUCAAAAUAUCUCUGAUAUUCUCUAUGGUGAUAUGUAUUUAGAUAAAUUUUCAGACCUUUUAGAUAGUAGCUUUAGUGAAGACUUUGAUGGUGGUAAAUCCUAUGCCACUGUUAUCACUAGAUCAAUUACACCUGAAAAUAUUCAAGACUUAUUGUCACUUUUAGAGUCUAGCAAAUCACCAUUGUUCCACGCAAAAUUAUCCCACUUGGUCAUGUAUUUCUUUAGUGGUAAUAAGGGUUCAAUGAUUUUAGAAAAACUCAUCACCAACAAAGAUGUCAAAAACUUAUCACUCUUAACAUACUCCUUUGACUUUAUUACCGAGGUCCCAACCGAACUUUAUCCAUGGUCCGAAGAAACUAAUCAAUUAGUUAAAUUACUUUUAGGUGACUCUAUUGAAGUUCUCUGGAAACUUAUCUUCUGCUACUAUUACCUUAAUGUUAUUGGAAAAGUAUUGGAUAUUCAUGUACAUUUAUAUUAUUCAAAAUCUAUUAUCACUCAAAGUAAAGUUUCAAUUACUCAUAGUAUCGCCACACUCUUACAACAAAACACACCAAAUAUUUUAGAUAAAAUUUUCACUGGUAUCAGUCAUCGUAGUAAGAGUGUUUCCUCAUUCUGUCUAUUUAUUCUCUUACAAUUAAUGAGCAAUCAAGAAGGUUUGGCUGUUCACAAUUGUUUAAGAGCCGAAAAUUCAAAUUUAUAUGGCCGUGUUAAAAAGAUAUGUGAUUCAAAAUUAAAACAUGUUCAAUUUGCUGCACGUCGUCUUUUCUCUGUAUUUGGUAAAGCUCCUUGGGUCGAUUUCGUAUAUAAAGAGUAUAAUAAAGAACCAGAAGCUUGUCUUUCAGUUACUGAUUUCAUUGGAAAUGAUGAAAAGAGACCAUCAAAUCUUUUAUUAGAAAUGUUAUUAGAACUCUUCUCCAAUUCAUUAGAUCGUACUAUCGAAGCAGCUACAGCCUCAUUACCAAUCACCAAUACAUCAAUGUCAUCAAUGACUACACCACCAUUAUCACCAGUAGGUUCACCACCAAUCGGUGUUUCUGGAUCAUCAUUUGGAAGUUCUACACCAAACAUUACAAUUGGUAUUAAAAACAAAUUCUCUUUUGUCCUCGAUGGUGCAUUAUUCCAUCAUCUCUUAGGUUUCGUCAUAAAGAAUAGCAAAUCAUCAACUUAUCAAAUGUAUGUUAUCACUAGUUUACUCAGCAAAAUUAGCAAAACACACAAUCAUUUAGGUACCAUUCAAGUAGUUACAACUGUUAAAAGUAGUCAAAAGAAAUGGGGUCAUCCAAUGCUCCCACUUUCCCCAAUUGAUAUUCGUGGUAUGUGUAGUAAAAUGACAGAUCCAACACCUGGCCAAUAUUGUUAUCCAAUUAAAACCAAUAUGCUUUCAUCUAUUCGUCACCUCCUUAAAUUUUAUCCAGUUUUUGAUGUUGUUAAAAAGGAAGAGGAUUUCUAUUCACGUCUUUUAACUUUUUGUAAAGAUGGUAACAGUCAAGAUUUCAAUCGUGAAGCAUGGUGCUUAUUAUACCAAUUAAUGAGACACCACACUGGUACUCUUGAAAGUCUUUCAAAAGAAAAUAUUCUUAGUGGUUUCCUUGAAACUAUUGGUACUUCAUCACAUCCAACCGUCAUUUGCCACUCUUUACAUUAUAUCACCAAAAUGUUCAAUAUUGCUGAAUUGGAGUCAAAGAACCCCAAGCGUAGUAAACAAGAUCUCAAACUCAUCGAAAAAGAUAUCAAGGCUCUCAAUGUACUCUUUAAAGAUAAAACUCUUUUCAUUAAAGUUCAUAUGAUUUACAAGAAAUAUAAACCAGAAAUGUCAUCAAAAGUCGAAAAAGAUAAAAAAGAAAGAGGUGAUGGUAAUAAAUUUGGUUUGGCAUUCAUCGAAUUGGCCAAGUUUUAUAAUACCCUCUAUACCUCCACUUAUUGUAGUAAAUUAUUAAAAGAUACUCUUAAAAAGGAUGAAUACAGAGAAGGUCUUUUCGAUUUAUCAAAUAUGUUCCAAUCACCACAACAA